ACGUCACGUGAUUAGGAAGGAUAAGCUGCUGUGGCUGGUUGUGUUAUAGGUUUGACUAUUUUGCCCCCGCCGCGGAAGUAGUAAGACGAGAUCGUCUCUUGUCCCCGCCGCCGCCGCCGAGAGAGAUUUCAGGAUGGAUUUGGGCUCGUGCUACCUCGGCGGGAACGCCGACGCGGUGGAGUUCUGCCCGCACCGCCCGUUCCGCCACGUGCUCGCUGCCGCCACCUACACGUUGCAGGAGCAGGAGCAGGACCGCGCGGGCACCGUGUCGCUCUUCUCCGUCGAUGCCGGCGCGGAGGAUGCGUCCCGGCGGCUCCGGCUUCUGCUCACGGUGGAUACCGCUGGCGUCUUCGACUUGAAGUGGAGCCCCGUGUUGCCGCUGCUCGCGCAGGCUGACGCCCACGGCCGCCUCACGCUGCGGCGCCUGGAGCAGGAGGACGGCUCGGACACAGGCAUUGUCUUCACGGAUGUUUGCCUUGGAGAUAUUUCUUCUUCAAUGUGCUUGUAUGUGGACUGGAACCAAACUUCCGACUCUCUGUCUGUUGGAUUAUCAGAUGGUUCGCUGUCUGUGGUUUCAAUUAGAGAGGACCGCUUGGAGGUAGCAGAACAAUGGGCCGCACAUCAGUACGAAGUCUGGACAUGCUACUUUGAUCGUGCAAGGCCACACUUGCUGUACAGCGGAUCAGAUGACUGCUGUUUCAAUUGCUGGGACUUGAGAGAAAGCCCAUCGAACACUGUUUUUCGAAAAAAAAAGUCUCAUAAUAUGGGUGUCUGUUGCAUUGCUCAGAACCCAUUGGAGGGGAAUAUGCUACUCACUGGAAGCUAUGAUGAAUUUCUCAGAGUUUGGGACAUGAGAUUAAUGGCAAAACCUGUUAAUGAAAAGUCGAUAAAUUUAGGAGGUGGUGUGUGGAGGAUGAAGUAUCAUCCUAGUGUUGCAGAUGUUGUAUUGGCUGCAUGCAUGCACAAUGGGUUUGCCAUUGUUAAAGUAGGUGCUGGAGACGCUACAGUAGUGGAAACAUAUUGCAAGCAUGAGUCCUUAGCAUACGGUGCGGAUUGGCAGAUAAGUGAAGAGGCAGAGCAGAAUGGGAAUUCUUCAGUUGUUGCUACUUGUUCAUUUUAUGACCGCAUUCUUCGUGUGUGGCACCCAGCGAACCUAGUUGAGCUUUAAGACAUAAAGCUUCAUUGCGCUUAGUUCAAGCAUGACUAUGGCUUGAAGCUAUUUCUUGAAUGAACCAAUAUAAUUUCAUUCAGGUAGCUCGUUGAACUUAUGCUAACUUAUCGAAUUCACGAGCUUAUUCAUGUUGUUUUUAAACUAGACGUUCAUUUAUACUAGUAUUUGUUGCCAACU